CGGUUAAAUCAGUACAAUAUUUGAGUUUUCUUUCAACUUUCUAAUAAACAAAAUGUAUUGAAGUCAGGUAUUUAAAUACCCUUGACAUUAUGCACGGAUGACACCAAACUUACCAGGAAGUUAAAAACCAUCUACAUCGAGUACCUCAAAAGAUCUACCCCAGGUUCAUUGCAUUAUCACAACCAAAGUACUUGUGAUGACUAGUUUAACCAUACAACUGUUGGUUUCCACCACUGUAAUCGUCAGUUUCUCAUUCUCCCAAGGGAACAGACAAGAUAGGGGACGCUCAAACUAUGCUGACAAGCAAUUCAAUAUCAAAGAGAUAAUCCGAUUUGGUGGGAAAAAAGUUGAGGUGAAAAGAGAGACAACCAAGAAUAAAGUCUCAGCAGACAAAGAUUUGUCAGAAUCUUUGCUGUCUCCACUGCUGGCAGAUGCCCACAGUGCUACUAGUUCGAAAAAUAUGGUGCCGUUGUCUGGCAUGAAGGGGUUGGUUAAAGCAAAAAACAACACAGGGACAGCCAUCGUUUGCGGACCAAAUGGUGCUCAUCUAAAUAUUUCAUGGGUACCAAAGGUGAUUGAUACAAACAAAUCCGUCAGGAUUUUCAUCGAUAUCACUAAUCCUAUUGACUUCAACUAUGGUCAAGUCCACUUAGAUGUCUAUAUUGAUGGUAGUCCAAACCCAAUUUUUUCAUUGGCUGCAGACUUCGCUUGCACUGAUAUCAAAAGUGUUGACCCCUUUACAUCAUGUCCAUUGAAAAAAGGAGAAAAACUUUCUGUUUCUCGUCAUUACCACAGUUUAGAAAAAAUACCUGGUGGAUAUUACGUUAUUGUGGCAAAAAUCGUUAGUUAUGAAGGAAACCGACACCCUCUGUUUGCCUGCUUGAACUUUACAUUACACGUCAUCUAAUCCAAACAUUUGAUUUCCAGUUCAUCAUCAGAAAUAGUUGGCCAAUUGUAGCUACACUGACAUAUUUUACUCACAUAUCAAAGAAGAAUAUUUUUAAAGAUUUUGCCGAUAUUGAUUCAACACUAUCAGGAUGCUUGUAUAAUAACAUUUUUCAAUAUCAGAUAUUGUACCAUUGCAAUUUUUAGACUACUUUAAAAUACUUUUCCUAAAUAUUUCCAUGAUAUGAUGUAUUUUGAACCCCUGGAGAUUCAAUUUUGAUGUGUGGGUAUGAAGAAUUUUGAUUUUAUACUUUAUCAGUAUAACAUAGUAUUACAUGUAUCAUGAAUUGUAUCAUUGCAAUUCUUAAGAGGAUGUUUUUAAAGAGUUUCCUUCUAUUUCUUAAGCAGUGAAAAACUUGUUCAAUUUACAAUUGACAAGGAAGCUUUGUCGAAAAUGAUGAUAGUUCUGAUGCAGUGGUUCUUGCAAAAAUGAUUCAUUCCGUAAGUAUGAUUUCUUUAAUGGGGAUGCGCGUUUAUCUUGUACAUGUAUAUCUGAGAAUAGAAAUGUAAACAUUUUCUGGACUGGCUUUUUUUUAGUCAGAAACUGAACAAAACUGUUGCCAAAAGAUUUUUCAAAGAGCAAUAUGAGGUUUUGCAUGUUGUUUUAUAUGCAAAUUAGCCAUACAAAACCAGAACAACGCCAUCUUGAUAACUCAAAACAGCUGUAAAACUGUGCUGCUAUAGACUUAUUUGGAAGAUUUUAAAAU